GCCGGCUUGUGACAGGCGCUGGCACUCAAGGGCAGCACCGUCCACUACCUUACUAAGGGUUGCCAAGAGGGAGUCUUCUAUCCGUAUUUCUGGGGCUCAACCUUGUCUCUCAUCCCUAUCGCCUGGUCGCGUCGUCCGGAUCAUCCGUUGCCCUGUGGAGGCCCCUCUGAGAGAGAAACCGCCGAAUAUCUUCCAACCUCACGCCUCUCUCACCUCCUCUGCCCAUCGCUCCCCAGUCGAGCAGGCUCCUCAGCUUUCAAACAACGUCUACUCGUUCCCAGAUGCCUCCGCAAAGCCACAACAUCUUGGAAAGUGGCUAUUGGGAGGAGAUCAAGCCGGAUUUCAAGCUCCCCGCGCCCGCUCGCGCAGCACAAUGGUUUCUAGAUCUGAUACGGCCCGCCUUUUUGACCAGAGCCGCGGGGCCGCGCAGCAAGCAAGUCAUCAGACGCACGGCGUAUCUCGAUGGCCUGAGAGGAUUUGCAGCGUUUCUGGUGUAUUGGCAACACCAUCAAAUGUGGGCGCGCGAGGCGAUAGCUGCUGAUGCCAUCUUCGAGAACGCUUUCGGGUACGACAAUCAGUAUUACUUUGCCGCUUUGCCAGGCAUACGAACGUUCUUCUCCGGCGGCCAUUUCGCUGUCACCGUCUUCUUCGUGAUUUCGGGAUACGUGCUGUCUGCGAAACCAUUACAGUUGAUCCAGGCUGGCGAAUACCUGAAACUCGGAGACAAUCUGGCAUCAGCAUUGUUCAGACGGUGGCUACGACUACAUAUCCCAGUUAUCUGCACAACAUUUGUAUAUAUGACAUCGUGGCACAUGUUUGGAAUUUGGACGUCUACGGAACACAAAUCGAAUUGGCCCGACGAGCUGUGGAAUUGGUAUGUUGAGUUCAAGAACUUCAGCUUCGUGUUCAGGACGGGCGGCGAACCUUGGUUCACUUACAAUUUCCACGCAUGGUCGAUCCCGGUCGAGUUCCGGGGCUCUAUUGUCAUCUACACCUCACUCCUGGCGCUCUCGAGAUGCACAAGGAAUGCUCGUCUCUGGUGUGAAGUGGGGCUCAUCUUUUACUUCAUGUAUAUUGUAGAUGGCUGGUUCUGCUCCAUGUUCAUGUCGGGCAUGCUCCUCUGUGACCUCGAUCUGCUCUCUGCGAACGGCAAUCUUCCCAGUUUCUUCUUCAGGCUGGAGAAGCGCAAGAAGGCAAUCUUCUACAGCCUCUUCGUCAUCAGCAUAUAUCUGGGUGGUAUUCCUUCCCACAGCUUGGAUGUCCAGGUGUUGAAGGUGUCGCCUGGAUGGAAAUAUCUCUCAUAUCUGAAGCCACAGGCUGUCUUCGAUUAUAAAUGGUUCUACCUCUUCUGGGCCGCGUCUUUCAUCGUGGCUUCGAUUCCACGCAUAUGGUGGCUCAAGAGCUUCUUCGAGAUGCGAUUCAACCAAUACCUCGGCCGUAUCUCCUUUGCCUUAUACCUGGUCCACGGACCGGUGCUCUGGACUCUCGGAGAUAGACUCUAUCACGCGACUGGGUGGUCGAGGGAAUCGCAUGCGCUGCCCCUGGCCAGUUGGAUCAACAUAUUCCCAUUAUCCAAGGCGGGACCGCUGGGUCUGGAGUUGAGUUUCCUCGUCCCGCAUCUGAUCCUCUUGCCAGUCACACUGUGGCUCGCUGAGAUAGUCACCAAAUUGUUUGAUGAACCAAGCGUCAGAUUUUCCCAGUGGGCGUAUGUGAAGACGAUGGCACCGUCUAUAAAAUCAUGAGAUAUAUAAGCAUAUGAACAUCCUUAGAUUUAAUGUAUAUAGAGUGGACUCUUUAUAGGAAUAUAUUACCACUCCAC